AUGGAAGAUCAACUUCAGGGUCUCGAAGAGUCGCGUAAGGCUGCUGUAGCUGCUCAGAGGAUUGCACAGCUCGAGUUGGAGGACAAGUUGGGAGAGAUCAACAAUUUGGAGAAACAGCGCAAGUCAUUGCAGUUAGAUCUAGAUGACCUCAAAUCGCAGCUUGAGGCUGAGAUCCUUGCCAAGAAUGAAGAGGCUGCCUCGAGACGACGACUGGCAGCUGAACUUCAAGAUCUGCAGAUCAAGUCUGAGGCAGAGGCUGCCAAGAUGAGUGAGCUCCAAGAGUCUCUUCAGAUGUACAAGGCGAAGGCCGAUAGCGCAUUGACCAAGCUUGAGACUGCUGAACUGGUUCGCCUGAAGGCUGAGAAAUCAGAAGGUUUGAUGCGUCUCCAUCUUAAGGAUCUUGAAGAAUCGCUCCAGGAAGCCAUUGCCGAGAGAAAGAUUGCAGAGGAGAGGGCCGCGACAUACCAGCAACAGAUGAGGGAGCUUGAGGAUAGUCUGGAGGAGGAUCUGAUCGCCAAUGCAGACUUGGGCAUGGCUCGCCGUCGCUUGGAUGAGGAACUUGCCUCUGAACGCGAGAAGCACCGAAAGGAGAUGGAGGAGAGUCAGCAGGCGAUCGAAACGAUCAAACGCAAGUACCAGAAGGAGAUUCGACAGCUGGUGACGGAGAUUGAACUUGAGAAGGCCAACCUUCAAAAGAUGCGAGAGACUCAUAAGCAGCUAACUGCUGAACUGGAGGAAGUCAAUGUGAAGUUUGAUCAGGAGCUGAGGAACAAUCAAUCUUGGAAGAAAGAUAAGGAACGCUUGGAAGCCAAGUUCAAUGACAUGAAUCAGCGCUAUCAGAAUGCGCUUGCAAUCCAAGACGAACAACAAGUUCAGAUCACGAGCCUGCUCACUCAGGUACGUGAAUGCAGAGCUGCGUUGGACGAGGCUCAGGCUGCAAAGGCUGCAUUAGAGAAAGCGAAGCGUGGACUGGAACAAAGACUAGAUGAUGUGGGCGAGCAAUUCCAUACAAUCACGCAGACCAAACAAACUGCAGAGAGGAUCAAGCUGGCUCUGGACCAGGAGGCAGGCAAUCUCCGAGAACGCUUGGAAGAGGCGCAAUACUCAGUAACGCUUGCAAACGAGAGGGUCAGCAAGGCAGAGAUGGCUGCUGCCGAGGCUGAGAGCGCAUUAGCCAAGGAGCGAGCCAUCAGUGAAGAAAAUCUGCGUGUAAAGCAAUCCUUGGAAAAGCAAGUUUCAGAGUUGAGCCUUCGCAUUGCAGACCUAGAGGCGGCCACACAGGCCAGUGGGCCACGGUCUGCUAGCCACUUGCAACAAAAGUUGGAUGAGAAGACCGCCCAGUUGGAUACUGAGAUCAGGAAUAGACAGGAGGCCCUUAGAGUUCAGCGUCGAUGUGAGAGAAUGGUUCGUGAUCUUCAGCAUCAACUUUUGGAACGUGAGAAGCUGAAGGCUCGCCAAGAAGAAGAUGCUGCAAAGAUGGAGCAGAAGCUCAAGGCUCUUCGCCAGCGAGUGGAAGAACUGGUCAUGUCGGAGAAUAAUCUGACAAUUGCCAAGCGAAAAGCAGAAAGAGACUCUAUGGAGUGCAAAGAGAAGUCUAUUCGUCUUGAGCGUGAGAUUGAAAAGAUGCGAGCUAGAGUGGAAGCAAAGGCGAUACCCGUUGCAUAA